AUGGUCAGCAUAUGGACAAAUGUGCUGAGGAAUUGUGGAGUGCACCGAACGUGCAGAAAACAAUAUAAUAUUUUAAAAGACAUAAAAAACAAAGUUCACAAUAUUUACCCGAAGAUUAGAAAUUCAGAAUCUGGAAUCUGGAAUCUGGAAUCUGGAAUCUGGAAUCUGGAAUCUGGAAUCUGGAAUCUGGAAUCUGGAAUCUGGAAUCUGGAAUCUGGAAUUUGGAAUCUGGAAUCUGGAAUCUGGAAUCUAAUAUGUGGAAUCUAA